UUGCACUCUCCUCCGCUUGAAUUUAUUAAUUGAAACGUUUCAGUAAUAAGUACGUGCCUGGCCCGCAGAUUUUUUAGAAAAUUAUAAAAACUGAUAUUUGGGAUAGAAAUAAAAGUAACACCUAUCAACGACACAAACUCUAAUUACAAAUUUCGUCAAAAAGGUAGCAGGAAAUAAGGUAGGGAGGGAGAUAUUUGGAUGAUGAAUUGAGUGGUGGACAGGCACAGUUUUGAUAUUUUGCUGCUUGAAAUUUAUUCGAUAAGCAUCUUCUGGUAUGAACUAUAUAGAUGUGGAAUAGGUACUGAAGUAUCAUGUUUUGUCCAUGAAAUUAAACCGACGUAGAUUUCGAAAUUAAGUUUGAAUUGAAAAUGAGCAGAGCUCAUUCUUAUGUAAGUUGUAAUUUCCGUAUUUGGCAGAAACUAGUAUCAACAAAACACGUGUUCUUGUGCACAAAAUUCGAGUCAGGUCUGCAUCUCCAUGUCUAACGGCCAUGUAACCUUCUGUACAGGUUUUGUGACAAAUUUAUUAAAAUUGCUUGAAAACUUAACAUAUGAUCGGCAUCUGCAUACAGCACUAAAACGGACCAAUUAAAUUGUAAUUUUACAUUCCAUAACCAUAUACACCAUUCAUCUCUUUUGGAAGUGUGGGAGGCAGGCCAUCACGAGUGGGGAGUGGAAUCCACCCCCCAGUCCCGGCACUCCUGCCAUGCCACGCAGCAAGCGGCGCAGUGCUGCUGACAUGGGUCCUGAUGACGAUGAUAGACAUUGCAACAAGAGAUUUAGGAAUACAACAAGUGUACGACGGUUCUCCAAGACUGAGGAUACAUCUUCACCGUUCAACCAGAAACGAUGUAUCACCUGGUUUAGAGAAUAUACCUCACCGGAUGAUCCUGACGUGUUAGGUCCUGAAGGUAUGGAGAAAUUCUGCGAAGACAUCGGUGUAGAACCAGAGAAUGUGGUGAUGCUGGUAUUGGCAUGGAAGAUGAAUGCACGUCAGAUGGGUUUCUUCACGCAGCAGGAAUGGCUGAGAGGACUCAUGGAUCUACAGUGUGACAGCAUCAGCAAGGUGCAGAGUAAACUAGACUACCUCCGGUUGCUCCUCAACGACCAGGUCACUUUCAAGAGCAUCUAUAGAUACGCUUACGAUUUCGCUCGGCAGGACAAAGACCAGCGCAGCAUGGACAUAGAGACGGCAAAGGCCAUGCUGCAGCUGCUGCUUGGUAAACACUGGACCCUCUUUGGGCAGUUCAACAACUUCCUCGAACGUUCGAAGUACAAAGUGAUCAACAAGGACCAGUGGUGUAACAUCCUGGAGUUUUCCCGCACCAUAGCCAAUGACCUGUCUAAUUAUGAUGUUGAUGGCGCUUGGCCUGUAAUGCUGGACGAAUUUGUAGAAUGGCUGAAAGCAUCAAAAGAUGUUCGCAGAAGCUGAAACGGACUGCAACCAAUUUCCCCUCCCCUUCACGUGUUGACAUCCCCCUCCCACCGACUACAUUGCCUGACAGUAGAGGCUUAUAUCUCUGACACCGUCUGGGCCUAAUGUUGACUGUAGUAGACUACAUGAACGUUUUUAAUUUACUUUAAUUUAAUUCAUUCACAUUCUCUUGCUGUGUCUACAUACGUAUACCCGACUCAUUAUCAGAUCAUGUCAGGCUAAACUAUGCAAUUCUGUAACAGUGCAGUUCCAUACCCCCCCCCCCCGGAUUGUAUGCCAUUAUGUUGUAACUAAAGGAACCUUAUACAAUGCAUGUAAUACACACGAGACGAUGGAAAUGGUGUUAUAUUGUCCGCCAUGAAGACUGAUGACCAGACGUCACGCUGCAGAGUUGCACGUGACUUAGUGGAAAGUGGAGAUGCUCAAAUGAAGAAAAGUUGAUUAACAACACACGUGUACUCAUAUUUUAAAUAAAAUCUUCGGAAAAAUCGCAGAAAA